AUGACGACGACGAUGUCCAAUCUUCCUAGAGAUUUGGUAGAGGAAGCGAUCUCAAGUGUUCCGGCGACAUCUCUGAGAAAAAUCCGAUCAACUUGCAAAAAGUGGAACACUUUAUCCAAAGACGGAAGCUUUACAGAGAAUCACCUUGCUCAAGCAGCAGCAGUAUCAACGGAGAAGAAGGAGUCUCUUGCGAUCGUGCUGAUAAAUUACAGUCUCCAUUUGAUGAGCGUCAAUCUCCACAACGAUAAUCCACCUCUAACCCCAAGACGUUUAAAACCAAGAGCUACUGGUUUGCUAUGGAUAAGGAAUCACGAGGAUGUGUUCCUGAUUUCUUGCUCUGUUUUGAUUUCACCAACGAGAGAUUUGCGACGCGUCUGCCUCUGCCGUUUACGUCAUUGUGUCCUCAUUCUGUGUCUCUAUCCAGCGUUAGAGAAGAGCAGCUCGUGGAGCAAGCUCUUGACGUUGGAUACUGGUGGACCGUUCAAAGGGUUGGAGUUUGAGAGUGGUGGGGGUUUCCUCGUUGACGAGGAUAAGAGAGAAGUGAUUGUUUUUGAUGAAGAGAAACAUGUGAAAACGCCUCCUACUCGUCACAUAGCUCACAUCUUUGGAGAAAAUGGUUAG